GCAUUAAGAGUCCAGACUCCGGACCCCGCAAAAGGAAGGAUUGAACCCGGGAGAUUGGGAUUCCCCACAAACUAUGGCUUGGCUAGCGAGAUCGAUCGCUAACUCACUCAAACUCGACGUCGACGACGACGAUGGCGAUCAAUCCAAUGUCACCGCCUCCAAGUCGACGCCGGCAUCUAAUACCGACACCGAUCAGAGACUCCACCUCACUGAUUCUCCGACUCAUUCUCAAUCCUCCUCUUCGUCCACCCCCACACCUAAAGGCGUCAAAGACGAUAUCUCCGAGCUCACCCAAACCCUAACUCGCCAGUUUUGGGGCGUUGCUUCCUUCCUCGCCCCGCCUCCCGAGUCGACGCCUCCUCCUACUGAUCAGAUCUCCAAUUCGGGUGGUCCUUCAGAUGCGGUUGUAUCCGAAGAGGAUGUGAUCGCCGGAAUCCGUAGCGACUUUGCGGAGAUCGGCGGAAGAUUCAGGAGCGGGAUUUCGAAGUUGUCUAGUAAUAAAGCGGUGUCGGAGUUCACUAAGAUAGCUUCGAAUUUGCUUCAGUUAAAGGAGGAGGAUGAGCUCGAGGCUAGAGGUUCAGUUGGGGUCACUGAUGAAGUUCUGGCUUUCGCUAGGAACAUCGCUAUGCAUCCGGAGACUUGGCUUGAUUUCCCUUUGCCUGAUGAUGAAGAUUCAGACGACUUUGAAUUGUCUGAUCCCCAACAAGAGCAUGCUUUAGCUGUUGAACGUCUUGCACCAAGAUUAGCUGCUCUCAGGAUUGAACUUAGCCCUGGGCAUAUGACUGAGAGUCACUUUUGGAAAAUCUAUUUCGUGCUUUUGCAUCCAAGACUAAAUAGAAAUGAUGCUGAACUUCUGUCCACACCCGAAAUAGUAGAAGCUAGAGCGAUGUUGACCCAAGAGCUACAAGUUCGAGCCAAGGGAAAGACUCAGCCAGAGUCUUCUUCUGGGAUUGUUGAAUUACCAAAAGAACAACAUCUUUCUGUGCCAUCAAUUGCUCAAACUGAGUGUGUGCCUAUUGAAACACUUAAAAAUGAGUCUGCACCUUCUGCUGAGGCAGUUGAUCUUGAGACCGAGAAACACCCAGUCCAAAGUAACGAGAUUAAAGUUAUUGACAAGGCUGUCAUUGAAGAAGGACCUGCAAACUCGUCCAAAUAUCAAGGGUCAACCUCUGGUUUUUCCUCCAAAGUACUGGAUGAUAAAUUUGAGGAUGACGGUGAUGAUUGGUUGAAAGAUGAGGACAACUCAGAGAUAGUUGGUGUCAGUGGAACCUCAAUUCCUAUUGGGAAUGAUGAGGAUGUGUCUUUCAGCGAUCUUGAAGAUGACGAUGAUGCAGAUGUUCCUGUCAGUUAUAAGAAAACCACAUCUGGCUCUGAUUCAUCAACCAAAGACUCAAGAGAUUGGGUUCAGCUGAGCAGAGGCUCUGCUGAUUCAGAUAAAGAGGUCAGCUCUAUUGAAAUCAGACAUGGUGGGUCUGAGCAGGCACCGGCAAAAGAAGCUAAUGACUGGCUUGAUGUUGAUGACAUUGAUGCCAUGUAACUCAAUCAAUAAACACCUCUUCUAAAAGUCUGUGUUUUUUAUUCUCGUCAUUCAUUUCCUAUGUUGUGAAUAGCCUGUGAAGCUUUAAAAGGUUAAAUGUCAAAAAGACUUCGGAAACUCGAUGAUUGUACAUAAAGUCCACUACUGGAUCAUUAUUCCGUUCAAUGGAUGUAUUUUUAAGCUUAGUUAAACAUCAUCUAAAUAGUCUGGCUCUGGUUAUGUUUGUUUA